AUGUAUAAUGGCAACCACUAUGCCUGCAAAAUCCUCGCUGUAAAGGAGGUGCCGGAAUGGGGGAUACAUUCAGAGAAGGAUUUCAAGGCAAGGGUUGAAAUGGAAGUGAGCUUGGUCAAGCAAGUACAGCAUCACGACAAUAUCGUGCCAUACAUAUACACACAAGGAUUCAAGAUUGGCGAGAAUAUCGAAAUCUUUAUGCCCGUUUAUGACGGCAACCUCUAUCAAUUUAUGGAGCGAUACGAAGACAAGACGCCAACCAUGGUACGGGCUAGAACCGACAGGAUGAUCCACCAGAUCUUGAACGCGCUGGAUUUCGUCCACACGCACAAUCCGCAAAUUAUCCAUCGAGACAUAAAGCCCGCUAACAUCCUCUACCAAGGUGACAAGUUCCUCCUGACGGACUUUGGCAUCGCAAAAGUUGUCGACACAUCAAGGACUAUGGCUGGAUCGAAGUGGUACGUGGCACCUGAGGUUCUGCAGAACCGUGAGCAGACGCCAAAGGUCGACAUAUACGGGCUCGGGGUAACCUUCGUGGAGUGUUUGAAGGGAUUCCCACCCGAUGCAGAGAGGGAAGUUAUAUGGCAGAAUUGGGAGCAGUGGCACCGGCACCUCCAGACACUUCUGAACCAGCAUGAACCUUGCAUAGCAGCAAUGCUUGCCGACGUCGCUGAUCAGCGUCCGACGGCUGAGCAACUCCUCCGGGAUUUUCCUUAUACCACAUCGCAAAAUGCGCAAACCAAUCCUACCCCUCUUACGAACCAGGCAAAUAGAACGACAGUGAUAUACUCCGCAGCACCUACUCCUAUGGAUUGGACACGAACAGGCUAG